UUCAAUUCUGCUGUAUGUGUAUAUAAAGAGACAGCAACACUUCACCCCCUCAAGGCCUCAACCUACUUGCACCUUCUUCCCAAUGGAGAGCUCAACCGAAGGCCUCUCUUCCACGGCCAACCACUCCUUCUCCGGCGACGGCGACGGCGACGGCGAGGCCUCCGAGGAGAGCGGCUGGACGUCCUACAUCGACUACUUCAUGGAGACACAGGGGCGACAGAAGGAAGAGGAAAGCAGUGUUGCUGAUCCCUCAGCUGACGAUGUCGGACGUCGUUCUACAUCGGAGUGCAGCGCUGAGUGUGCAGUAGGAGGCUCGACACGGCUGCCGGCGCUCGUCGAGCCAUCGGAGGCGUCUAGGAGGUUGAGACUCAAGAAGGAGGGGAGGACGACGAAGAAGGUCCUGUAUGAUGAGUCGUUGGAGGAUACUGCCACCUCUCCUAUCAGUAGCCCUAAGUUGAUUGAGUUGAGGGAUUCAGAUGCCAACCACCAGAGCAAAGAGUUUUCCCAUUCUAAGAAGACUACUGUGGAUGAUAAAUUUGGACGCGAUAACCAUAUCAACAAUGGCAAUGGAGCAAACACAACUACAGACAUGAUCGACCAUGAUGGUGCAUAUGACAACAAUGAGCUGAGGAAGAAAGGCCUUUGCUUGGUCCCUGUGUCUGCUUUCCAUGUAUAGCUGAUCUUAGUAAACUCAUUGGUUGCUAGUUUCGUGUACAUAUGGUAAUAAGCUAGCUAUAUAUCACCAACCCUAGCCAUCUCCUCUCUCACACACAUACCUGUACACGUACGACACUGCCUGCACAUAUGAAAGGGUAGAGAGUCUUGUGAAGGUGUGGGGCAUGCAGUAGGUACAAUUCGAUCUUGAGAAGAUCAAUUAUAUAUCAUGUUCCUGCUUAUGAAAAGGCUACAAACUUCACAGACGAAAAGGUACACAAUGGGUUUUUAGUGUUAGGUGAGGCAUCACAAUGGUGUGUUAGAUAUGGGGUCUAUAUCCAUCUUGUGAAGAUUAGUUAUCCUGUUCCAGCUUUAGCUAGUAGUUGAUCGGCUCCUUCCUCAUAUUAGUUCCAUCAUGAAUUCAUGACCAAGAUAUAUAUACAAUGGAAGUGCAUAUAA